AUGAUGGAAUAUCUGGAAAAAUUAAAGGUUUAUGGUGAUCAAGUAAAAAAUGUUGUCGUUAAAUCUAUGGUUGAUACAGCUUGCGGAGGUCAAAAAAUGCUCAAAGAUGCUCUUCCUGGAAAUUUAGUAACACGUGAAUAUGAACUUAUUCGACCACUUGGUUCUGCUGGUCCUGGUCUUCUAUGGCGUAUUUAUGGAGCUAUUAAACGUACAACGAAACAGGAAGCUGCUGUAUUCGUUUUGGAAAAACGAUUAUUAGAAAAAUAUUCAAAGAAAGAUCGCGAACUGAUUAUCGAUGCAAUGAAAAAAGGCGUUCAACAAUUGGCAAAGAUUAAACAUCCAAGAAUUUUAAGUCUUCAACAUCCGAUCGAAGAAUCAAGAGAUAGUCUUGCAUUUGCAACGGAAUCAUGUUUUGGCAGUCUUGCUAAUUGUCUUGGAUUCUAUGAUAAUAUAGCUCAACCAAUACCAAAAGAAUUUGACGAUUAUAAAUUGUAUGACGUUGAAAUUCGUUAUGGCAUUAUUCAAUUAUGUGAUGGUUUAGCAUUUUUACAUAAUGAAGUUAAAUUAUAUCAUCGAAAUAUUUCUCCAGAAUCUAUAAUCAUUAAUUAUAAUGGUGCUUGGAAACUAUCUGGAUUUGAGUUAUGUAUUCAAGGUUCUGUUGAUGGAUCAAAUUAUCCAUUUCGAGAAUAUGAUAGCAAUAUACCACCAGUAAUAAAUCCACGUCUAGAUUAUAUGGCACCAGAAUAUCACACAAUUAAAUCUUAUGAUACUCAAGCGGAUAUGUUCUCAUUAGGUAUGCUAAUAUAUGCAUUGUAUAGUCAUGGUAAAACAUUAAAUGAAUGUCAUGAUAAUUAUUCGUUGUUCAUAAAAAUGUGUGAUGAUCUCAAAGCAUUUAAUACGACGAAAUUAUCUGUUUUACCCGUUGAAGUUCGUGAUCAUGUAAAAAUGUUGCUUAGUCUAAAACCAGAAUUAAGACCAGAUUCUGGGCAAUUUGCAAAAAUACCAUUUUUUGAAGAUGUAGGAACGAAAACUCUAGAAUAUCUUGAUUCACUAUUUCAAGUUGAUAAUCUUCAACGUUCAAUGUUUUAUAAAAGUUUACCGCAAGUUAUUGACAAAUUACCAAUGCGUGUUAAUUUACAACGUAUUGCUUCAGCACUUGAAUUAGAAUUUAUAAAUCCUGAAAUGAUUCCAUUUGUACUGCCAAACAUGUUUCUUAUUGCUGAAAAAGCAAGUAAUGAAGAAUAUCAAAAUUAUAUCUUUCCAAAACUUAAACAAGUUUUUAAAAUUCAAAAACCACCUCAAGGAAGUAGUGCCUCUGGUUCUGUUAUGCAGACACUUCUUAUAUUAAUGCGUAAUAUGAAUUUAAUGCUGACAAAAACGCCACCAGAAGAUAUAAAACAACAUAUUCUACCUGUUGUUUAUAAUGCAUUAGAUGCUGAAUCAUCACAAGUUCAAGAACUCUGCCUAUCAAUAAUUCCAUCAUUUGCACAUUUAAUCGAUUUACAAGCAAUGAAAUAUUGUAUUUUACCACGUAUAAAAAAAAUCUGCUUUGAAACAAUAACAUUAAGUGUUCGUGUUAAUUCUUUGAUAUGUCUGGGAAAGUUAGUUGAAUCGUUAGAUAAAUGGAUUAUUAUAGAUGAAGUAAUACCUUUACUUCAUUCUAUACCAUCUCGGGAACCUGCAGUUCUUAUGGCAAUAUUAGGAAUCAUAAAAGUUGCAAUGACCUCAACAAAAUCUGGCGGUAUACCACGUGAAAUUCUUGCUACAAGAGUUAUACCAUUUUUAGUACCAAUCUCAAUUGAAACAAGUCUAAAUCUCAAUCAAUUCAAUGCCUAUAUGUCAACGAUUAAAGAUAUGUUACAAACAGUUGAAAUCGAACAACGUAAAAAACUCGAACAACUUUCACAACAAGCUGCAAAUGCACCCAUUGUUCCGAUCGGACCUUCAACAAAGGAUAUGAGCUUUGAUCAAAAAUCAACAUCUAUGAUUGAUCAAUUCAUGCUUGGACAUGGUUUUAAUUCUGAGGUAGCUCAAAAUAAAAGCAUGGCAGCUAGUUUUGACAGUAAUUUAUCGGCUGACAGUUUGAAACCACAACAAAUAUCACCAAACCAAUCAACUGUGUCAGAAAGUUCUAUUGCAAAAAAAACAUUAACAUUAGAAGAAAAAGAACGAAUGAUGCGAGAAAAUGAUCAAACACAACGUAUGAAAUCUCAAAGUGAACUUAUAUCUGAACGUAAAACUGUGAUGACACCAAUGUCCAAUAUUCCACUUAUGGCUAUGACUCCAAUAUCAGCAACAACAACAAUGUCGAAUACGUCGUCAGCAUUUGUUAAAGAUUUGACAAGUUCUCUAUUCGAACAAACUUCACCGCAACCAUCGUAUGGUAUCAUGUCUUCUUCUCAAACAAUGCCAUCACUGACGCGACCGACUCUGAAUAAUUUAUCAUCUCCAAUGCAACCGCAACCAAAACGACCGCCAAUGAACUUUACUUCACCAUCACCAUCGUCAACAGCUACCACUGAUUUAACAUCAAGCCUUAUGAACAAUAUUAAUUUUCUUGCUUCUCGACCACAAACUAGUCCCAGUAUAAUGCCAUUGAAUUCAAUGAAUUCUAAUAUGAAUUCAUUGAUGCCUUUGCCUAUGAAUAGUUCAAGAACAUCAUUGGGUGGUAUGCAGUUAUUUCAACCACUACCAUCAGGUUCCGUUGUGGUUAACAGUACAAAUGUAACAAGUUCAAAAACAGCAGCUGCCGAACUUGAUGAUCUAUUUAAUUAG